AUACUCUUCCCUAUUCGCGAACAAGUGAAAGAUAAACAAGUUUUGCCGCCAGUUGGGUCCACUCGUUUACAUUUUAUCCUUCACAUUCGACUGUGAGGAAGAAACAGAAACAGAAACUUCAAUGGCGAACCCUAAAUUUCAGCUGAAAGAUGCCAAGAUAAUACUGGGUUCUUCUUCAAUGGCUCGUAGAAAAAUCUUACAGGAGAUGGGCUUUGAUUUCACAGUUAUGGCUGCAGACAUUGAUGAGAUGAGUAUCAGGAGGGAAAAGCCAGAGGAUCUGGUGUUGGCUCUAGCCGAGGCAAAGGCCGACGCCAUCGUUUCACGGCUUGGAAUUCAAGGUCAUAAGGAGGAAAAUGCACACCCCACACUGCUACUAACAGCCGACACAGUGGUGGUGUAUGAAGGGAUGAUUCGGGAAAAACCAUCGAGCAAAGAAGAAGCGCGGCAUUUUGUCAAAGGAUAUUCGGGAGGUUGUGCAGUCGUUGUAGGAUCUGUAGUCGUAACCAACCUUUCAACGGGGAGCAGAAAACAAGGAUGGGAUAAAUCAGAGGUUUAUUUUCAUGAUAUACCAGAGGAGGUCAUCGAUAGAUUGAUAGAUGAUGGGGUAACGCUUAAUGUUGCUGGAGGAUUGAUGCUCGAGCAUCCACUAACGGCUCCCUUUGUUGACACUGUGAUUGGAACUCCUGACGGAGUUAUGGGACUUUCAAAAUCUCUCACCCAGAAGUUACUCGAGGAAUCUCUCCAGUCUUAGCUGCCCGAGUGCAAGACUUUUAAAUUCUCCGAGCCACAUUUAUUCUAAGGUGGCCAUGGAAUAUGAAUAAUACCAUCUAAUUCAUUCACUUAUGAUUUUGCAUUCUACUUGCUAAAAUUUGUUGCAUUAAUCAUAUCUACUGACUACAUAUCAAGAUUUUAAGAAUGGUCACUCUAUUUUUAUUA